UAUUAAAAAUAGUCAAGGCGAAGGUUUUCGUUUUCGAGAAGUUGUUGAAAAUUAUAGAGGAAGAACUGCCACCCAUACAAAACGGAGUCACCUGUAUAAACCAAUGUUUUCUGCCUUUUGUUAAGUAAGAAUUUUGAGAAGCCGAGCGCAGCAUAGGCACUAUGACGUCACAUCGCUCCCUUCUCCUGGCUACGAAUUUCUUGUCGAAGCUGCCUACCUUAGUGUGGAUCCAUAUAUGAGGGUUUACACUGAAUUUCAUAAAAUAGGAGAAACAAAUGUAGGAUCUCAAGUUGGCAAAAUAGUAGAGAGUAAAAAUCCAGGAUACCCUGUUGGACAAUAUGUGGUGGGUAAUUUUGGUUGGAGAACGCAUACGAUUUCAAAAGGAUUGCAAGAUGGACUUGGAUUCAAACCAACUUUGGUUCCAAAUAUUGGCAAUUUACCUUUGUCUUUAGCUCUUGGAGUUCUGGGAAUGCCAGGAAAUACUGCCUAUUUUGGAUUUCUUGAAAUAUGCGCUCCUCAAGCUGGUGAAACUGUAGUUGUAACAGGCGCUGCUGGAGCAGUAGGAAGUCAUGUCGGCCAGAUAGCGAAAAUUAAGGGAUGCAAAGUUAUCGGUGUCACAGGUUCGGACGAAAAAGGGAAAUGGCUAGUGGAAGAACUGGGAUUUGAUCAUUUUAUCAAUUAUAAAACUGCUGAUUUGGACAAAGCCUUGGAUGAAUUAGCGCCAGAAAAAAUCGAUUGCUAUUUUGAUAAUGUUGGUGGUGAAAUUAGUAGUAUCAUUUUGAGCCACAUGAAUAGCUUUGGAAGGGUAUCUGUAUGUGGAGCAAUUUCGGGUUACAAUAAGGCAGAAAAAGCAAGUAUAGUUCAAAGGCUACUGGUUCCUCGCAAUCUCACAAUGGAAGGGUUUCUUGUCAAGAGAUGGGCCAACAGGUGGAAUGAAGGUAUUCAACAAAAUUUGAAGUGGAUUAAAGAAGGGAAAUUGAAAUACCAUGAAACAGUUACUGAAGGAUUUGAAAAUAUGUUAAAAGCGUUUAUUGACCUGCUCAAAGGGGGGAACGUUGGAAAAGCUAUUGUAAAAGUUUAAAAAUGUCAAUAAACUAAAAUAUUGGUUU